AUGCUGUUAACGCCGCGGGGUAUAUAUGAUGCUCACAUUGCACUAAAUGGGUAUCCAUUUUUGGAUAGCAAAGAGGAGUUUGCUCAUACAACACUCGCUGCAGAUGUAAUGCAGCCUAAACGAAAUGAAACAUUAAAUGUCAUAACGCAGGACUCAAUGACUGUUGAUGACGUUGAAAAUUUACUAAAAGAAACUGAACAUAAUGGGUAUCCUGUUGUGGUAUCGAAAGAAAAUCAAUACUUAGUAGGAUUUGUUUUAAGAAGAGAUCUCAAUUUAGCAAUUGCAAAUGCCAAACGACUUAUUGAGGGUCUUAAUGGCUCAUCAGUAGUACUAUUCACAUCCACUAUGCCAACACAAAAUCUUGGACCACCUGCUUUGAAAUUAAAGAAAAUUCUCGAUAUGGCACCAAUUACCGUUACGGAUCAAACGCCAAUGGAAACAGUUGUCGAUAUGUUCCGUAAAUUAGGUUUACGACAAACAUUAGUAACACAUAAUGGACGUCUCUUGGGUGUUAUCACGAAAAAGGAUGUACUGCGGCAUGUGAAAAAAAUGGAUGAUGAAGACCCUAACACGGUUUUGUUUAAUUAAAUAUAAAUUAAUUUAAGUAAACUAAGUUGCAACAUUAUUGUUAGCGACAGUCAUUUUAAGAUGUACGCGUUAGCAUUUUAAAAUGCUGUUUAUAUUUGUCAUUAAUAGUAAAAUUCUUUAUUUUUUAUGUGAAAUCU